GGGAGUAUGCAGCAUGUGUACACACUGUGAGCAGCGCUUCCUCACUUCACUUCAGAAGGACAGAGAAGUGAGAAGUCAGCUUCACUUUUGUUAUCGUCGAAAGCGAUAAACCUCAUUUCCUUACUGCUGUGCUAAGAUAAAAAUUAAUUUGAUUAAAACAAACACUUUAAAUAAACCCCCAUGUGAGGCGCUACUGAAGUUUGGCAAGCGGAAGUUGAUGCCGUCUGAAAAAAAGUCAGAGACUGGGAAGGAUUGGCUUGUUUAUCUUUAGAGAAGAAGGACAAAGAUGGACACUCAUAUCAAAGAAGGACAACUUUAUGUCCAGCACCAGAAGUUUGGAAAGAAAUGGAAGAAGAACUGGUUUGUGCUGUAUCCGGCGAGUCAAAACGGCAUUGCACGACUCGAGUUCUUUGACUGUGCAGGUAGUGGCACUGAAAAACCCAGCACGAAAAAACUAGACAAAAAGAUUAUCCGUCUGUCAGAGUGCAUCAGCAUCCUUCCUGCCCUCACCGAAAGCUGUCCUAAAGAGAACAUGUCCGCCUUCUGUGUGGAGACCAACGAUAAGACGCAUGUGUUUGCAGCUGAAAAGCAAGUCACCAGUGAGUGGGUGGAGAAGAUGUGUGAGAUUGCCUUUCAGGGAGGGGGUGGAUCUUUCAGUACUUUGGACUCGAAUGGACAGCAGGAUCUAAAGAUGUCUGAGAACCUGAUCUAUUACUCCAGAGAGGAAGUCAAUGAAUUCUGGGUGAGUGUCCAAAGAACAGAAGCAUCCGAACGUUGUGGUCUACAAGGUAAUUACUGGCUUAAAGCAGAUGGAGAGAGCCUGAUAUUGAAGGAGCCUAAGAUGAAGAAGAACUUACUGGUGUGGCCCUACAAACUGCUACGUCGCUAUGGCAGAGAUCGGGUUAUGUUCUCAUUUGAGGCUGGGCGCCGUUGUGAAUCUGGCCCAGGCAACUUCACCUUUGAGACAAAGCAGGGGAAUGAGAUCUUCCAGAUUGUGGAGGGUGCCAUUCGGGAGCAGAAGGCUCAGGCUGAGGAACACCACCAGAGCUCAUCAUUUGACGGGGACUGUCCUGCUCUCCAACAGAUCCGGGCUGCCAUCGCUGAGGGAAUCGGCCGAGAGACAGAUGGAGACUCCGGUGGCAGUAAACCUGGAUCUGCUGAUGGAGUCAUUGGCCGAAGGGAAGGAGAAAGUAAAAAUCUUAAGGGUCGCACCUUACCAGAGCCUCCAGUCCCUGUUCCAAGCACAUCGCCUCGCGGGCCAAAAAGUGCAUUGGACGAUCAAGUGAAUCUGUACUCUGAGCCUGCUGACUCAGUCCGUCUGCCCACUCUUUUAGGGGAAUGUCUUUAUUCUGACCCUGUAGACAGCAUUAAAGUUACACCAGGGCACAACCCAUGGCAUCGUCCACUUGGUGAUGAAGGUGGAGGCAGCAAGCACGAACCUUUUUAUUCGGAUCUCUAUGACCGAGUGACUCUUGACCUGACCCCUAGAACAGGAGCACUGGGACUUGAACCCCGCAACAGGCGUCCUGCUGACGUAACACAGACAGAGCACAUCUAUGAUGAGCCUGAAGGAAGAGCAAUCCAGCCAAUUACCAGUCUGUACGACGAGGCACGUCUGGAAAACCAGUCCCGGAAAUCCAGGGGAGUUGAAGAACCUCAGGGUCAUGAAGUGACUUACAAUCCAAAUACAGAUGACUAUGGUGUCCCUCCUUCUGGUAAGACACCUCUACCACCAGCUUUGGCCAAGCCUAAAGGUCCCAAGCCCCUCACAGCACCCAAACCAGGGAAGGGAGCUCUCCCCAGGAAAGAACCACCUCCACUGCCCCAAGGUAAAACUGGAGCUAACCUGAACAACAACAACAACAGCAGUAGUAUCAAUUACUCUGCUGGAGAAGGGUUUGGAAAUGGAGGAAUUGGUGGAGGAAAAGUAGAAAAGCAUGCUGAUAUUUAUAGUAAAGUGUCUAAGCAUAAGCCCCCAGCCACAGCAUGGCACCCUGCCAUGCAACCUCCAGACAUCAUCUAUGACAACUUGGGUGAUAUCUGAUUUGAUCCUACAUUGCUUUUCCAGCAAAAUGCACUCUGGUGUCUUUAGAACUCUAUACCUAGAGUUUCUAAAUGAUCACAUGCUUUCUGGGGUCUUGUUCUGGGGCGACUGUAAUAUCUGGGAUUACUACAGUAACUGGAAAACCAGAAAAAGUGUGCAGGUUAGUGUCAUAGACAACUGGCAUCAAAGACAAUGCACUGUGAUCGAUUAUCAGUGACACAAAGUUCUUUUCUUUAGGAAGGACAAUGAAACUACAAAUUUUGCAGAAUUUAAAUGUGCUCUCUAAAACACAUUUCUUGUAUGUGGGUUACUCACAUGGUCUUAUACUAUGUCAAUUUUGCACAUAUUUUACCAGUUUCUCCUUCUUAGUGAAUCAUACUGAGUCUGUGACUUGUAUAUUAGAGGCUGCAAAGCCCUUAAAUAAGAAAUUGAAACUACCAGACAAGGGAAUCUGCUGUUGUCUUACAAUGCCAAUUCACCCUGGAUGGUCAAAGAUGAUAGACUAUAUAGACAAUCAAUGCACACAUCUACAUUUUUUUUCUAUUGAGAUUUUAAAUGUAGCAAUUUACUAAUCAUCUGCUAUGUCUAUGUGUGGGAGUAAGUCAAAAACAGCUGUGCUGUUGAUAUUAUAUGAUAAUAAUAAAAGAUUUUUCAGAACCUCCUA